AUGACUUCGAAUAUUUUUUUAGAAAAAAUAUAUCAGUUUGUUUAUCAAUUACGAUGUGAUAGGGCUCAUGCUAACUGGAACUUCUAUUUAGCGUGUAAUAGUCUGGUUUUCGAUAAUGUUUCAGGACCCAGAUAUUUUGAUAAUCUAGCUUCUAAAACUUUAAACUCUAAAUGUUUACAUGACGAGGACCUGGAAUUGAAGAACGUUCAGAUAGGAGGAUCUUUUGUUCUGAACUAUUUUGAAAAACAUAACAUUAUUAAUGAGAGUUGUAGAAAUGUAUUGGUUGAAAUUAUCAUUAAUGACUUAAUAAAAAGAGAAUACCAUACGACAUUUAGGUUGGCUAAUUUAGUAGCUGAUGCUAUAAUUGGAACUUUUCCCACAGAAAUCAAAGAUACUUAUUUUCUAAAAGAUGCCAAAAAAAGGCAAAUUAUAUGGAUCAUAAGGUAUAUGAAACAAAAUGGUUUAAUACCUGCAGCAAUUGGUAAAGAGAGAUCUUCAAAACCAUUGAGUCGUACAAUGGACAAAGAAAAUAGUAUACUCGCUACUGACCCUGAUUCUGAAUUAGUGUCGACAUAUCUAAAUGAUAAAGAUCUAACAUGGCCAGAAAUAGAAGAAAUUUGGAGAAAAACUAUUAAUUACCGUCUAAAUUAUAUAAAACAAAAUAAUGCUACAGACAUUUUUAAUAAAUGGCAACAGUAUACUCAACCAAUGGGUUAUAAACUUGUUGAUAUAGAUUUUCAAAAUGUGUUUAGCGAUUACACAAAUUUCAAAACUGUUUUUGAAGAGAAUAAGGAUAAUUUAAUUAACAUUUUGAAAGAGAGAGUAAGAGAUUGUGAAAGCAAAAAAUUAUUAGAAACAUUUAGUUCAAUGCAAAAUAUGUCAACUGAUUCAAAAACGUUGAUAAUAAUGUAUUUAUUGCAUUGUUUUUUCAUUCCCACCUCAAAAAAAUCAACUAAAGAUAGUAAUGGAAAAAGAGGUUUCAUAAAAUUUAGUAUAAGGGACUCACAGAAUUCAUUCCUGGUUGUAACUCCAACAGCGUUGGCGAUGGAGUUAACAUUGAAAAAGAUGGCUGAAAACGGUCCAAUACAGCCAUGCUUGUUAGUUGUAGGAUCAUUAUUUGAUCCUAAACAAAUUCUAGUGUAUUUAGAUAACAUUAAAUACAAAAUGUUUUCCGCCUACAAGGCGUUUGAUAUAUGUUUUAAGAUAUUCCAUGUCUUCAACGUGGAAUAUCCUCUAGAAUCUGGUGACGUAUGGCUGUUUAUACAAACUUUUUUUUACAAUAUAACAACUAAGUAUGAUAAGUCAAACGUAGUAUCAAAACAAAUUUCAAAUGAAUUAAAAUCAAAAUUAAUAUGA